AUGGGGUUCAAUUCGCUCGGAAACGGCGAGGGCGCGCGGAAUGAUUUUCAGGAAAUCGAGAUUCUAAGCGGGUUCGUGGGCCUACUUCUCGUCACGAAGCUCACCCCCACAGCCACCGCCGACGUCCUCUCGGCCAUCUACAGUGCCGUGGGACCCCUAUUCCUGCACAGGCUGCUGCUGCCCCUGAAGCAGGACCCUAAUGCCAGGCGCACCGGGCAGGAGGCAGCCAUGGUCGCCCUGGGUGUCGUCAUGUGGGCCAGGCUCAGCGCUGCCCCCGAGGUGGCCAUCGGGGAGGAGCUGGAGGGCUGCAUCCCCCUCCUCCUCAAGGUGACCGCAGCCCUGGGUUUGGUGGCGCGGGCUGGCGGCGUGGUCCCCGCCAUGGAGGCCGACAUGGGCGCCGCGCUGCGAGACCGGGAGGAGGAGGGCGAGGCGCGGGCGGCCGCCCUCGCGUCCACCGCCGAUGCGCUCGCCUGCAUUCUGGCGGCCUGCCUGGCCUCCGGCUCCGCCCGGCGCGUGGCCCUGGAGAGCGGCGCGCUGGAGUGCGCCGUCGCGGCGCUGCGUCGAGCGGAGAGGGAGGGCCCCCUGGAGGGAGAGUACCACGUGGCGGGGGUGGUCACCGCCUGCAGGCUGGUCGCGGCCCUGCUCCCCUCGCGCGACCGAGCCGGGGUCCUUGCCGCACACUGGAGGGAGGUGGGGGAUGCGGUGCCCCUGCUGGCGCGGCGCCUGCCCAUAGAGGAGGGCCUGGCCGGGGAAAUCGAGCCCAGCCAGCGCCGGCACGCGGCGGUGGAGGUGCAGCUGGAAAGCCUGAAUGCCCUGCUCUGCAUCCUGCCCCUCCCGGCCACCCACCUGGAGGACCGGCUGCGCGGCACGGCGCACAAGUGGGGCCCGCCGCUGCGAACGGGCCUGGGCCAGAUCCUGAGGGCGCGCGCGGGCGUGCCCCAGCGCCUGGCGGCGCUGCAGCUGGCAGCGGCCGGCACAGCCCUGCUGGGACCGCGCUGGCUGGCCGCCCCUGACCCGGCCUUCCUGCUCCUGGCCACCACAGUGGCCAGGAUUGAGGUGGGGGUGCUCCUGCUGGACGCGCUAGCGCCCCCUUCCGGCAUCCAGGAGCGCGUGGACAGUGUGGUGGUGCCGACAGAGAUGAGGUGGGAGGGGCCGCACCAGACGCCGCAGGCCCGGGCCACCGCGCUGCUGCCCGCCUGCUUCGAGGUGAUAGAAAGCGCGAUCGAGGCCCUGGCCGACGGCGAGGACGAGGCGCUGCCCUCCCCCGCCUCCAGCCAGGGCUCGGAGGCGGGGCCGGGCAUCGACCCGGCCACUGCGGCGGCGGUGCUCACCGCGGUGCAGGAGGCAGUGGAGGGGGUGCUGCAGUACCUGGAGCAGGUGGCUGGCAGGGAAGGCGCGGCCAGGGCGCCGCUGACCCUGGCGGGCGUGCGCCUGCUGGGAAGGUUCCUUGCCGAGGCACCGCUGGCGCUGUCCGACCGCGUGGUGGCGCUGCUGCCCUUCCUGCUCUCCUGCCGCAGCGGCGAGGAUGGCCUGGGGGAGGGCGCGCUCUUCCUGCUGCCCACCAUCCUGCAGAUGGCCUGGGGCCGGGUCGGGGGCGGGGCCUCGGCGCCGGAGGCCCAGGCCGCCUGGCUCCAGGCCCUGGCCAGCCCGCCCACGCUGACAUGCCUGGUGGCGCACGCGCGUGCGUGUGACCUGGGCGAGGCGCUGUGCCGCGCCCUGCUCACGCUGCUGGACGCGCCGGGGGGGCAGCUGGCGGAGGCCGCCAGGAAGUCGGCCGUCGUCAUGGCCCUGCUGGAGGGCGAGGCAGCGCCGGGCACCGCCUGGCAGGCGCUGCUGGAGCGCCUGAGGGAGCUGGUGCGGGGGUGA